AUGGCUCAGUCCACUGCCACCAACAUGGCAAAUACCAGUCCCGACGCCGCUGCUCUUACAGCUAGCAACUACACCCUCGACAAAUCCCAGAUCCCUCGACCUUACAAGUGUCCCCUCUGCUCACGUGCUUUUUACCGUCUCGAGCAUCAGACACGACACAUUCGCACACAUACCGGCGAGAAGCCCCACGUCUGCACACACCCUGGAUGCGAGAAGCGUUUCAGCCGCAGCGAUGAAUUGACACGUCACGUUCGCAUUCACGCCAAUCCAAAGAAGGGCAGUGCUCACACAGACGACAAGAAGUCUUCCGCUCGCAAGUCUGCUGGCAGCUCUGCCAAUCACUCUCCCGCUCCUCCUAUCGCAUCUGCUUCCUCCAAACCCGGUCGCCAUGUCAACAAUCGACAGCUUCGAUGGCAAGUAGGAGAUGAGGAGGAUGACAGCGACUCGGAUCGCGAACUUAGCAGGCACUCGGCUUCCCGUCCUCCUCGUGCCCCCGAGAUGUCCACUUUGGCCAUGCUUGCCAGCGAUGAGCUUCACGAGCUCCAACGUGCCGAACGAGAAGGUCGUCCAUCCGGUCCUCCUUCUCAUCCUUCUCAUCCUCCUCAUCCUUCUCAUCCUUCUCAUCCUCCUCAUCCUUCUCAUCCUUCUCAUCCUUCUCAUCCUUCUCAUCCUUCUCAUCCUUCUCACCCACACUACGCACCUGACCCAUACCCAGAACGAUACCAGCCUCAGCCACCUAGCAGCAGCUACGGCACUUACCCUCCUGCUCCUGCUCCCGCUCCUGCUCCUGCUCCCGCUCCUGUUCCUGCUCCCUCUCCCGCUCCUGUUCCCGCUCCCGCUCCCGCUCUUGCUCCCGCUCCCGCUCCCGCUCUUGCUCCCGCCGGAUCCGCAGAGACCACACCCCCUGGAUGCUCGCACGAGGACUGUCACCGCAAGUACAACGACCGAAUCGCUUCUGCCAUCCUCGCUCGUCCUUUCUCAAAUCGAUACGCUGCCGAGUGUGGUUACUCGCGCCCUUUGCACGGUGCCUACAACGGGAGCCACCCACCUCCCAGCCUCUACCGCUACUAUCAGCACGGUUCGCAUCACGGUGCCACUGGAUGGGCCUCCACUUCUUCCAGCGUCCCAAGCAGCGUCGAGCACUCGCCUCGCUUCUCUCCCGAUGACCACCUUCACGGCGACGACUACGCCUCCGAGUCCGAUCACGCCGCAUCGCUCCACGAUGAUCUCAGCAGGCCCCGUCUGCCUCUCGCAUCCGCCCCUGGUGCAUCGCAUUCCGCUGCUCAUAGCCACCCGUACUGGACUCCCAGCAGCAGUCCCGUCCUUGGUCCUUUGCGCAACAUGAGCCUCCUUGGUGGCAACACGGUGCCCAACAGUCCUUACACUUCCCGUCCUGGAUCUCCAGUCCACCACUCGCGUCACCCUCACGGUCACGGUCACUCGCCGCCCCACCACCACCACACCCACGAGGGUCCCGCUCAUCAGUCUGGAAUGGGCCACCAUGGCUCGCACAGACACCGAUCCCACCCUUAUAUGGAGUCUUCGGCUCGUUCUCGUUCGCACCACCACCUUUCUUCGCUCGGUAUGCUUCCCGUUCAGCCUUCGAUUCCUCCCAGCACUUCGGGCGAGCGUAGCACUGCUGCUGAGCUCGAUUCCCACGCCAGCGGCUCUGCUUCCACUUCCGCCUCGACUUCCCCUGCUCAGACAUCGCACAUGCCACCCAAACUCUCACGUAGCCACAGCUUUGGUUCGCGCAGCAAAGGCAUUCCUUCGCUCAACUCGACUACCAGUCUUUCCGCUUACCACUUGACCCAGGCGCAUCCACCUGUUGGAGCUGAUGCAGACCGUGCUACCGUGCGACGCAGCAAGAUCGAAGACAUUCUCGAUGGCGGUGUUGGCAGCCUCAAGCCUCAUGCGCACUCGCAUUCCUCGCGAGGAUCCUACCCACCCUUGGUCGCUGAUCCUUCGUCGAGGACUUUGCCUCCUCCUUUCCCGGCCAGCGGCGCAUCCCACAGGGAUGGUAGCCACCACCCUCUGCCCGGCCACCACCACACCCACGCCUACAACUACCACCCUUACGGCCACAACGACCACAAGAAGAGCGCAGCUCACCGCUCCAGCUCGCGUUCGGCUCCUGCUAGUCGAUCUGGCUCACCUCACGGUUCGCCCACUUUGCAUCCUCAGCUCCUGCCCGGCUCACACGCAGCCGUGACAUCAAGCAGAUCCCACUCGCGUCAGAGUUCGAUCGGUAACAGCUUUGGUGGUUUCGCCAGCAGCGAGUCGAGCCCGACUAGUGUUUAUUCGCAGAUUCCCAUGAGUGCGACAAACUCGCCUGCAGGAAUUGGUGCCCAUGGUAGUGCUGCUCCCAGGAGCAAGAAAGGGCUGGGUUUCGGUAUGACACCUAUUCACUCUGCGCAGAGGGAUCACGCCACCACUCUUCCUUCGCUCGGUCAGGCUUUAUCGAGGGAGACAAGUCCGAUCAGCAUGGUGCUUCCUCCGCCUAUGAAGAGGAUGCACAGUGAUGAGCCGGCUCCCGAGGUGGAUAUGAGUCCUGCCUAA